AUGCGGGCCGCGGCGGGCGGGAGAGGCCCUUCACUAUGCGUGCCGUCGUUCUCUUUCACUUUGUCUAUCGCGCAACUCCCGCUCGCUUGUUAUUUGUCCCCUACCCGCAACCAUAAGGGCUCACUUUGCCAGCGCAACACCCCCAUCUCUCGCCUACAAGCCGCGCAAGAGCUCAACUACGGCCAAGUCUUCAACCAACGACAUCUUGGGGCUUAA